UGGUAAUGUGCGUGUUCCACAAGCGUUCUCCCGCGCGCCUUUUCGUCGCGGCUUACUUCUUCGUCGCGAUGUACUUCUCCUCGAAGAUGGUGCGACUCGUGCUCCUCCUCGGACCCGCGUGCGCCGCCGCCUCUGCCGUUGCCCUCGCGGCGCUCUACGAGUGGAUAGCCGACGAGGCGAUGACCGUCAUGGAGGCCAUCGACCCGGAGCGUAAGAGGGCGGCCGAGCAGGCGGCGGCGAAAGCUAAAGAGGCGGAAGGUAACGGAAGCCGCGCGGCGAGGCGCGCGGAGAAGAAGGGAUUCGGUAAGCCCACCAAGCACUUCCGCAUCAGCGAUACCCCCGCCUACAUGGCCAAGUGGUUCAGGGAGAACCCGGAUGCACGCAAGGCCAUCGCCGCGAUUGCCUUCGCCGUCUGCUUCAGCAUCGGCACCUCGUUCCUCAACCGGUCCUGGAUGAUGGCCAAGGGCAUGUCCGAGCCAUCGAUCAUGAUGCGCGCCAGAAACAGGGACGGUAGCAUCGUCAUGCUGGACGACUUCCGCGAGUCCUACUGGUGGCUCAGGGACAACACUCCUGAGGAUUCCCGAAUCAUGGCGUGGUGGGAUUACGGCUACCAGAUCAACGGACUCGGCAACAGGACGACCGUCGCCGACGGUAACACGUGGAACCACGAGCACAUAGCCCUCCUCGGCAAGUGCCUCGUCUCACCCGAGCUGGAGGGUCACCACAUCGUCAGGCACCUCGCCGAUUACGUCCUGGUUUGGACCACCCGAUUCGCGGGCUUUCACGGCGACGACCUGGCAAAGGCUCCGCACAUGGCUCGGAUCGCGGGCAGCGUCUACAAGGAUGUCCACCCGACGGAUUUUUACGUGGACGAGAUGGGACGCCCGUCCGAUUACAUGCGGCAGUCGCUGCUGUACAGGCUGCACUCGUACGGCAAGGCUACGGACGUUGAGCCGCUCGAGAAGUACGAGGAGGUGUUCCAAAGCAAGAACAGCAUGGUUCGCAUCUGGAAGGUUCUCGAGGUUGACGAGGAGAGCAAGGAGUAUGUCAGGUCGGGCGCCAACAGGCGGUGCGACGCGGGGGGUUGGUACUGCCCCGGUGUGUACCCGGAGGCUCUUGAGGACGUCCUCAAGGGAAAGGUGGACUAUCAGCAGUGAUGACGUGAGGUGUAAACAAACCGACACAAAAUUUGCCUGC